UGCCUGGUUGCCUGCAUGGGCUUCGUUGUGGGAAAUUGCACAGCAGAGCGUGACCUCACUGCAUUCUGCACAGCUGUGCGAGCAAGCAAAGAGAGAGAGAGGACGAGGAGAAAUAGAAGAGAGCGAGAGGGGCUGCGUGGUUCCCUGCACGGGCUCUGUUGUGGGAAAUUGUGCUUUUAAACAGCCUUACGCCGAUAUGCAUUCUUCAGUUUCUGGUGCAUUUCACGCGCAACAAGAAACCAACACGCACUCGGUUAACGUCAUUAAUAACGCAGUGUGAGAUGGACGAGUCGUCUCUGUUGGAUCUAUUGGAGUGUUCAGUGUGUUUGGAGCGGCUGGACACUACAGCUAAAGUCCUGCCUUGCCAACACACCUUCUGUCGCCGCUGCUUGGAGAACAUAGUCAGCUCCAGGAACGAACUGAGAUGCCCAGAAUGUCGCAUCCUAGUCGGCUGUGAGGUGGAUGAUCUUCCCGCGAAUAUCUUGCUGGUCCGUCUGCUGGACGGGAUCAAACAGCGGCCACGGAAUGGAGGCAGUACAAGGCAGUCCCUGGUGGGAGGCGGGCGGUCUCAGGGCUGUGCAGCCGGGAUCAGCGCCUCUCCCCCGGGCAGUGGGAUCAGGGACCUGCCGGUGGCCACACGAAGCCCCCCGGUCAAGAGUUUACCUAAUCUAACCCUAACCCUGCCCUGUGGAAAGGCUCUCUAUUCCUACGAGGGGAAGGAACCUGGAGACCUGCAGUUUGCAAAAGGGGACAUCAUCAUCCUACGACGUAAAGUUGACGACAACUGGUACCAUGGGGAGCUGAACAGUUGUCAUGGUUUCCUGCCAGCUAGUUACAUCGCGUUGUUACGGCCGCUGAGCCAAACUCCGCCCACAGGAAAGGCCUUGUACGACUUUGAAGUCAAAGACAAAGAUCAGGACAAAGACUGUCUGGCCUUCUCGAAGGAUGAGGUUCUGACGGUGAUCAGACGAGUGGAUGACAACUGGGCAGAGGGCAUGCUGGGAGAUAAGAUCGGGAUCUUCCCCAUCCUCUAUGUAGAGCUAAAUGAAACAGCCAAACAGUUGAUGGAGAUUGACAAGCCGACAUCCAAUCCCGUCCCUGGCCCCAGCUUUGACCAGUCUCCCGGCCUCCCAUUGGGUCCCUGCUCCCUUGGCCCCUCCCCUGACCCAUCCUCUGCAGGAAGUGGCAAUGGUGCCCUCCAGAGGCAAGUGGAGGAGAAAAGAGGGGGAGAGGGGAAGAAAAACGCUAAGAAGCGCCACUCGUUCACAGCUCUGAGUGUGACGCAGCGGACAGCCCAGCUCAACAACAGACACAGCAUGGAGAUCUCCCACCCUGUCCUCAUCAGCUCCUCUGACCCCAGGGCUGCUGCACGGAUACAGGACUCUCCCCCCGGUCCCGCUCCCUCCUCAGUCGGAGUUCUGGUUCCUCCCAGAAUGGCUUCAGUCACCUCAGAACUGCUGGCUCAAGCCAAGGUCCAACUACCACUCAACAUCUACCUGGCCCUGUAUGCAUAUAAGUCCCAGAAGGCAGAUGAGUUGGAGCUGAGGAAAGGAGAGAUGUACCGUGUCACAGAGAAGUGUCAGGAUGGCUGGUUUAAAGGGACCUCUCUACGGACCGCUGCUUCCGGAGUCUUCCCUGGAAACUAUGUCACACCCGUGUCACGAGCUCCGUUUGCGGUGGGUGGUUCUCAGAGCUCCUGUCUCUCAGGGCAGGAGGUGGGAGGGGUGGGACAGGGUAGUAAGGCAGCCUCCCCCUCCUCCGCCGGCCCCUCCUCCUCUCGUCCCUCCCCUCCCCCCUCUUCCCCCCAGUCUGCCGCUGCUCAGCUUAAGAACUGCCUUCGCUUUGGACAACAAACAGUUAACCAGACCCGCUCUGCCAUGCAACUGGUCCACAGCCCGCCCUCCAGCAGCCCAGAGCGUCCCACACCCACCGUCUCUCCUCUCCGACCUCAGAAAUCUUCCCCGUCGCGCUCCGCUGGUCAAUCUGCUCGCCCAAUAUCCAUGGUGUCCCCCGGCCCUUCCCCCCUCUCCUCCCCUGCUUCACGCCCUCUCUCCUGCCUCUCUUCGCCCCUCAUCCCACUUUCCUCCCCUCUCUCCUGCCUCACCCCUCCCAACGCCAGUGCUGCCCUGCUCAACGGAGAAUCAACCAAUCCCUUCCAACCGUCCUCGCCUGGCCCCUCCCACAGCAACGCCUUAAAACCAGAUAAGAAGGAGAAGAAAGGAGGUCUGCUAAAGCUUCUCUCUGGAGCCGCGGCCAAGAAAAAGGCAUCUCAUUCUCCCCCGUCCUCCCCACCAACCCUCCCCCUGUCGGGUGCCGUCCUCCCACAUCACACCCGCUCUGGCUCCUGUCCAAUGGAUACCCAUGGGCGUGCCGGGUCUUGUCCAAUCGAGAGUGAGAUGGCGGGGGCAAUGGGGUUAGAGCUGCUGAACAGGAAGUCAGGAUCCCUCGAUCUCAACUUCCCCCGGUCGCCCCCGAUGACCCGCCCCGGGAACGCACUGCUAGCUCUCCGGCCUGAACCCAAACCACUGUCCAGAGAGAGGUAUCGUGUGGUGGUGCCUUACCCCCCUCAGAGCGAGGCGGAGAUCGAGCUGAGACAGGGAGACGUGGUGUUUGUUCAUAAGAAGAGAGAAGAUGGCUGGUACAAAGGAACUCUGCAGAGGACUGGACGUACUGGCCUCUUCCCUGGCAGCUUCGUAGAGAUCUUCUGAACAGGACCGCUACACACACACACACACACACACACACACACACACACACACACACACACACACACACACACACACACACACACACACACACACACACACACACACACACACACACACAGGGAUGGGCAAAGAUGACAAAAUACAAUUACAAAAGAUCAAUGUAUCAAAAUGAACUACAAAAUACUUGUAUUUUAUAAUAAUUUGGGGGGCACCUAUAUGUGUCCUAUUACACACUGGCCUAAUGCUCUAACCUCGAGGCUACCUGCCGCCCCAAAUAUAUUUCAUUAAAAUACAUGUAUUUUGUAUAUUAAAAUACAUAAAUACAUUUUCAAACUCAGUGACGGAUACAGAAACUUUUAAUUUGCUAUGACUGAUGUUGUUUAUCUACCUUAGCUGAAUGUACUGACUGUAAGUCACUCUGGAUAAGUGUCUGCUAAAUGACUCAAAUGCUGUAUAUAUGUGAAAAUGAACACACCAAAACGAACUGCAAAGCACACUAGGUAUUAUUAUUGGCCUUGUUUCAGGGUCAUGUCUAGAUGGGAUAUAUCUUAACCUAAUUCUCUUAACCUUCUACGUUAAUUCUAUUAAACCUGCUAUGAAAAGUACAUUUUGACAAAAGCUGUAUCCUUUCUAGACUUAACCUUGUUUCAUGGCGGAGCUCAGAAUAAUCCUUGUCCAUUAUUACAUACACGUUUAUAUUUAGUUUGUUUAGCAGACACUCUUAUGACACCAUAGUGCCAUCAGUCUUCUGAUACCAAUGCAGGGUGAAAGGGGGAUGGUGAACCGCUAUAAACAAAUGGUAUAGAAAAGUAUUUUGUAUUUUGAAAAUACAAAUUACAGCUCUCGAAAGUAUCUUAUUACAAAAGACUGUACAUUGGAGUGUAGUCCAGCCCAGUGUAAUACAAUUUACAAAAUACUCAGAAGUCAUUUAAAUACAUAUUUCAAAUACACAGAAAUACUGCCCAUCUCUGCACACACGGCUACUCCAGCUCCAACCAGCCUCAUAGGAGUGGGGGCCUUUAUCCACACAGGACAGCUAUGGCAGGGGUCCUUCAUCAACCUCAUCAAUGACUAGUGAUGUUGACAUCAUCAGGAGGCGCCAGCAACUAUUGAAGGCACAACAAGCGGCACACUGUAUUUUUCUAUUGCUUCAGUGUGUAUUUGUUUUAAACAUCAGUGUCCGUAUGAAUGUCUGGUAUGGCUAGAGACAUGCCGUACUGGUUACAGAAGCACCUAAAGACCUUGGCUAACCUGAUACCUGUUCUUUCUGGUUGGUGUGUGUGUAUGCGUGUCUGUAUUAAUGUGUGCGAGUAAGAUAGACCAUUAGUUGGUAAUACAAGUCAUGUGGAAACUCAACAUUGGGAAAGAAAGCACAUCAACAGUCCCAAAUGUUCUUAAUUUUAACAUACCCCACUUCUGGCAAGCUACUUCAAACCGCCUCUUUCAUUGGCUAAGCACACAACAGUACUCCUCUUUCAUUGGUUAAGCACACAACGGUGGUCCUCUCUAAUUGGCUAAGUACACAGUUCCUCUCUCAUUUACUAAGCACACAACAACUGUACCCCAACAGAAGUAGGUCUACAGGUCAGGAAGUCAGAGUGAAGCACACAGAGUUGGGAAGGCCAGAACGAGUCGGUUACAACACAUACAGAUGGGAUCAGGCUACAUCCAUACAGCACACUCAGUCUCAGCCUAAAGUGUGUGUGUGUGUGUGUGUGUGUGUGUGUGUGUGUGUGUGUGUGUGUGUGUGUGUGUGUGUGUGUGUGUGUGUGUGUGUGUGUGUGUGUGUGUGUGUGUGUGUGUGUGUGUGUGUGUGUGUGUGUGUGUGUGUGUGUGUGUGUGUGUGUGUGUGUGUGUGUGAGAGAGAGAGAUAUAGAGACCA